CAGACAGACGGCGUUGGAGCAAGAAAGAAAGUCAAGUGAUUUCCUUCAUAACCUUAAGUGCUCCCAAUGUUUUCUGUUACUGGUUCAUUGCCGUGACCACUAGUGCCGUCGGUUUAAUCAUAUCCGUGUUGAUAUUACAUGUUGUUUGUUUAAAAUUCAAAUGGAACUGAGGUGAGAUCACCCUGAGUUACUGUACUGUGUAAACUAACAGGCGGAACUUAAGAUUCGUGAUCAUGUUCCAUGUAAAUGCAAAAAUUGUGCACCGGAUGCUGCACUGUAGACACACACUGUGUUUCAGACCUCUGUCUGGAAAAGCCUCCUCCUCCAGACUUGUUUUAGGUAUUGAGACAAGCUGUGAUGACACUGGAGCUGCUGUGCUGGAUGAGACGGGUGCAAUACUGGGAGAGUCUCUGAAUUCACAGAAAGAAGUUCAUCUAAGGACUGGUGGCAUCAUCCCCACAGUGGCUCAACAGCUCCACAGAGAAAACAUAGAGCGUGUGGUCCAGGAGGCUUUGGAGAGGAGCAGUGUGGCCCCAGGGCAGCUCUCAGCUGUGGCCACCACUGUGAAGCCGGGCUUGGCCCUGAGCUUGGGUAUUGGUCUUGAGUUCAGCCUGAGGUUUGUGAGGCAGCACAACAAGCCGUUCAUCCCCAUCCACCACAUGGAAGCCCACGCACUGACUGUCAGGAUGCUUCAGCCUGUUGCCUUCCCCUUCCUGGUGCUGCUUGUUUCCGGUGGCCACUCCCUCCUCGCUGUGGCGCGGGGUGUCGAUGACUUUCUGCUUUUGGGUCACACGUUGGAUGAAGCUCCAGGGGACACACUGGAUAAAGUGGCCAGACGUUUAUCCCUCAUAAAACACCCACAGUGCUCCACACUGAGUGGAGGACAAGCUAUAGAGCUGCUAGCAAAAGAUGGUGACAGGACAAGGUUCCCUUUUACAACACCCAUGGGACAAACUUAUGACUGCUGCUUUUCUUUUGCUGGACUGCGGAAUCAAGUUACAAUGACGAUAAUGAAACAAGAGGCUGAGGAAGGUGUAAAACAGGGGACACUGCUGACAUGUGUGAAUGACAUUGCAGCUGCCACACAGCACACCGUUGCCUCUCAUCUUGCAAAGCGAACGCAUCGGGCCAUCUUGUUCUGUAAAGCAAAAGGUCUGCUGCCAUCAAGCAGUCCCACAUUGGUGGUGUCUGGAGGAGUUGCAAGCAAUCAGUAUAUUCGGAAGGCUUUGAUGAUUAUCACUGAGAUGACAGGACUACACCUUCUCUGUCCUCCAGCCAAAUUCUGCACCGACAACGGAGUGAUGAUUGCAUGGAACGGUUUAGAGCGUCUGAGAGAAGGGAAGGGGAUACUGCCUCCAAAUGUGGAUGUCUGCUACGAGCCAAAGGCACCAUUAGGUGUUGACAUCUCAGCAGAGGUGAAAGCUGCAGCAAUCAGGUUGCCAUCAGUCAGGAUGAAGAUCCCCAACUGACAGACCACUGGUUGUGUUCUGUAAAACAGUGUUUUGUCUUUGAUAGUUUUUGUACAACAUGUAAAAAAGCUUCAUGCAUAUAUUUAUUAAUAAAUAUUUUUAAAUCGCUACAGAA